UCCCUUAAACGUCAAUGGCCGCGGUUGAAAAACAAAAAAUAUACGGAGAAGCAUAAAAUUGUGAAUUAACAUUCACAAUUUGAUUUAAUUGCUGUAAAUAUUCGGAAAUAAAUAUAUAAACAUUCAGGAGUUAAAUUCAUGCCGCUAUUUACCAAUAAGAACACUGUUUAUAAACUUUCUAAAUAUCAUUUAGUUUCGAACAAAACAAUUGUUGUACAUAGUUACCAAGCAGUGGGGCAGAAUUGAACGUUGGAAAUAAAUUAAAGUAGUAUUCCGCAUAGAAAGGAUAAGUAUAUAUAUUGCAGAAUCGGUUCGAUAUAAUUAUGGAAAUACAACAAUUAGAAAUACUUUGUAAGCAGCUCUAUGAAGCCACCGAUUCAAUAAUACGAUCAGAUGCAGAGAAGGCAUUAGUAGCUUUCGUUAGUAGUCAGGACGCGCUACCUAAAUGCCAAAUGCUAUUAGAACGUGCCGAUUCCAGCUACGCACAGUUGCUGGCAGCAACGACACUUACGAAACUAAUCCAAGGACUCAAUUUAGAGCAGCGGAUUGAUAUAAGAAGCUAUGUACUCAACUAUUUGGCUAAUCGACCCAGCCUGCAACAUUUCGUGGUGCAAGCGUUGGUUACACUUCUAGCGAAAAUUACAAAAUAUGGCUGGUUCGAUAUGUAUAAGAGCGAAUUGAUUUUUCAAAACCUUUUCGAAGAUGUGAAAAAGUUUUUACAGGGCUCUGUUGAACAUUGCACAAUUGGUGUACAAAUUUUAUCACAACUUGUUCUGGAGAUGAAUUCUAUAAUCGAAGUCGAUGUUAAUUUAUCAUUCUCAAAAAAUAGAAAAAUUGCCACAUCAUUUCGCGAUCAACAACUCUACGAUAUAUUUCUAUUGUCCUGCUCUUUGUUGGUCACUGCACGAGACAAUAGUAAAAAUUUGAAUUUCAUGGACGAGUCCCAACAAGCAUUAAUUUCCCACGUAUUGCGGUUGACCAAAAAUUGUUUGAGCUUUGAUUUUAUUGGCAGUUCAACAGAUGAAUCUUCGGAUGACAUGAACAGUGUGCAAAUACCCACAUCUUGGCGGCCUGCUUUCUUAGACUCCAACACGUUGAAAUUAUUUUUCGAUCUUUACCAGAUUCUUCCUAAUGGUUUGGCGAGUUAUUCGCUUUCUUGUCUAGUACAAAUGACUUCCGUGCGUCGAUCACUUUUUAAUAAUUCCGAGAGGACAAAAUUCCUUACACAUUUAGUCGAGGGUGUGAAGAAUAUACUUGUAAAUCUACAUGGACUUAGUGAUCCUGAUAACUAUCAUGAAUUUUGUCGACUUUUAGCUCGACUCAAAUCUAACUACCAGUUAGGUGAACUCAUAGCGGUACCCUGUUAUCCAGAAGCUAUUCAGCUCAUAGCAAAAUUUACUGUUCAAUCUCUACAGAUGUGGCAAUUCGCCCCAAACAGCGUACAUUAUCUGCUGACAUUAUGGCAACGAAUGGUAGCAUCUGUGCCGUAUGUCAAAUCACCCGAACCACAUCUGUUAGGAACGUAUACACCCGAGGUGACCAAAGCUUAUAUUGAGUCACGUCUCGACGCAGUCCCAGUUAUUGUGCGUGAUAAUAUGGAAGAUCCUUUGGAUGACUUGUGUAUGGUUCAACAACAACUCGAGCAAUUGUCAGUGAUUGAACGUUGUGAAUAUGAUAAAACGUGUACAUUACUUGUACAGCAUUUUGAUCAAAAAGCCCGAGAAUAUGAGAACUUACUGCAAACACCCAAUUCCAAUCCUAUGGAUAUUACCGUACAUGAACUGCAACUCACAUGGCUAGUUUAUAUAAUUGGUUCAGCAAUCGUUGGACGACUAACAGUUAAUUCCAAUGAUGAUCAUGACACAAUGGAUGCUGAAUUAGUUAUAAGGGUUUUACAAUUAAUGAGCUUAACCGAUGCACGAUUACCACAAGCAGGUUGUGAGAAGCUCGAACUGGCUGUAUUAAGUUUCCUGGAACAAGUACGAAAAAUGCACAUCAGUGAACAAACGCAAAAAGCGAAUGUUUACAAACGACUUAGCGAAGUCUUUGGGUUAAAUGACGAACAAAUGCUUCUAAGUUUCAUAAACCGUAAAAUUAUAACUAAUCUUAAGUUCUGGGGUCAUUCCGAGCAAAUCAUAACUAAAACACUAAUGCUGCUGUCGGAUCUGUCGGUGCAUUUUAAUUCUGUUAGAAAACUAGCCAAACUUGAGGAGGUGCAAUUCAUGUUAACCCAUCAUACGAGUGAACAUUUUCCAUUUUUGGGAACCAAUUCAUCGUUAUCGGAGAUGCGCUGUCGCACAAUGUUUUAUACAUCACUUGGACGUUUGCUUAUGUUCGAUUUAGGCGAAGAUGAAGAACGUUUUUACAACUUUUUAACACCGCUUACAAAUCAAUUUGAAUCACUUGGCUCUGUGUUGAUGGAUGCCAAUAGUUUUCCCAACGAGGAGGCUAAAAAAGCAAUUAUUGGUUUAGCGCGAGACUUGCGAGGCCUAGCUCAACCCUUAAAUGCACGUAUACCAUAUACAAUGCUCUUUGAAUGGCUCUAUUACGCCGAUUAUUUGCCUAUACUCAUACGUGCUGUAGAAUUAUGGGCACAUGACCCAGCAGUUACAACACCCGUACUGAAAUUAUUCGCUGAGCUCGUGCAUUGUCGUACACAGCGUCUACAAGGCAACGUGUCAAGUCCUAUGGGAAUUUUACUAUUCCGCGAAGCAUCUAAACUUAUAUGCAUUUAUGGUAAUCGCAUAUUGCAUAUAGAUGUUCCACGAGACCAACAGUACCCAAUGCGACUGAAAGGCAUUUCAAUAUGUUUCUUAAUCCUUAAAAAUGCUUUGGGUGGAAAUUAUGUCAAUUUCGGAGUUUUUAAAUUAUACGGCGAUGAUACGCUUGAUAAUGUGCUGAAUAUCGCUGCAAAACUUAUUAUGUCUAUACAACAAAAUGACUUAUUGGAAUAUCCGAAAUUGUCUUCGGCAUAUUAUGGCCUGCUUAGCUGUUUAUCGCAGGAUCAUAUAACAUUUUUGGCUGGCUUGGAACCACGAGCGUUUGUUUAUAUAUUGGAAAGCCUUUCAAAAGGCCUUUCUGCAUUAGAUUCGACAAUUUAUAUCAGCUGCUGCUCCAUAUUGGAUAGCAUCGUAUCAUAUAUAUUUAAACAAUUGCAAUUGAAAGUUUCAACAUUCCCCAAUAAGAAAUUGCGCAAUAUAACUCCAGAAAAUGCACAGUUCCUUGAGGUAGUGGAGAUGAACUCUGAUUUGUUGCAGAACAUGAUGUCCACAUUGCUGAACAAUGUUAUGGCAGAAGAUUGCAGAAAUCAGUGGUCAAUGUCACGUCCUCUAUUAGUGCUCAUACUGUUAUAUGAAGAUUAUUUUAGGUCUUUGAAAGAUAACAUUAUACGUUCACAGCCCCUAGAUAAACAGCAGACUAUGGCACAAUGGUUUGAUGAUCUUAUGGUGGGCAUUGAACGCAAUGUUUCUAGCAAAAAUAAGGAAAAGUUUACUCAAAAUCUCUCCUCUUUUCGCCGAGAUGUCGUUAACUUACCCAAAUCUUCAAGCUAUAAUACAGUUAAUGUUGUCAGUUCAGUUAGUGAUAUCAAUGAUUUUUUGCUCAACGAGCUCGAGAAAGAGUACAUGAGAGAUGAUGACUAAAAGUUUUCCAGCACUCGUGGGAGGGUAAUUUUUAAUCAUAAGAUAAUUCAUACCAAGUAUAUUCUGAGACCAAUUAUUCAGUUUCGGUUUAAUAAUUGUUGCAAGAAGGAAGGUCCAGCGGUUUAAAUGCUUACUGUCCUACAUUUGCUGGUUGAAUACGAAUGAAUGGCUGAAAAAAACUGAAUUGAUUGAAAUUUAUUAAAGAAUACAAUAAGGAUAAUAAUAAGAAAUAUAUUUAAGAUGGUACACAUGUAUAACUUUGCUGCAAUGCGUGUGCGGCGCAGUUGUUACAACUGAAGAUGGCUUAGAUUGCGGCAUGAAUACAUAUUACUGGUCGCAAUGAUUCGAUUUUAUUUUGCUAACAGAAAAGUUUGUAAGGUGUUACGCGUAUCUUGAUUAUUUUGUACGUGGACAAAGUUACAUUUUAAUAAACACAAUUGAUGUAAAUAAUGAUUGUUUUUAUGCUCUGACUUAAAGAGAAUGCAUCCGAUAAGUUUCCGGAUUCCGGAUUCAGAUAUGAAACAUGCCUUUAAAAUUCAAAAUUAUAUCUCGCCACUUACAUAUGUAAUAAUAAUAAUUAUCUUACACAAACUA